UGCGCUUGCGCAGAAGGUGCAACAGUCCGGGGAGGGGUGGAGCCUGAGGAGCUUAGCCUGAGGUGAUAAAGAAAAUACGGAAAAGAUCCGUAUGGAGGUCAGGUCUGGCUCCGCCGGGAGAGAGGAGAUGGGCCAGCUCGGUGUUCAAGAGCUGAUGCUUUGGAGGUCCCAGUGUUCUGACACCUCGUGCCUACGUGGCUUUGGGAUAGCUAACAGCCAGGAGAAACACAGUGGAAAAUGCAAAACAACGAAAUCAUAAAACCUGCCAAAUACUUCUCAGAAUUGGAAAAGAGCAUCCUGCUGGCGUUAGUAGAAAAGUACAAGUAUGUGCUGGAGUGUAAGAAAAGCGAUGCGCGAACUAUUGCCCUCAAGCAGCGAACCUGGCAGGCGCUUGCCCACGAGUACAACUCCCAGCCCAGCGUGUCGCUGCGGGAUUUCAAACAGCUGAAGAAGUGCUGGGAGAACAUCAAGGCUCGGACCAAAAAGAUUAUGGCCCACGAGAGGAGAGAGAAAGUGAAGCGCAGCGUCAGCCCGCUUCUGAGCACCCACGUCCUGGGGAAGGAGAAGAUUGCCAGCAUGCUGCCGGAGCAACUUUACUUCCUGCAGAGCCCUCCCGAGGAGGAGCCCGAGUACCACGCUGAGGCCGCCGCCCAAGAAUCAUUUGCUGUUUCAAAUAGAGAACUGUGCGAUGAUGAGAAAGAGUUCAUACAUUUUCCAGUAUGUGAGGGGACCUCUCAACCUGAACCCUCGUGUUCAGCUGUCAGAAUAACAGCCAAUAAAAACUACAGGAGCAAAACCUCUCAGGAAGGUGCUUUAAAAAAGAUGCAUGAGGAAGAACACCAUCAACAAAUGUCCAUCUUACAACUGCAGCUGAUACAAAUGAAUGAGGUGCAUGUGGCCAAAAUCCAGCAGAUAGAGCGAGAGUGUGAGAUGGCAGAGGAGGAACACAGGAUAAAAAUGGAAGUUCUCAAUAAAAAGAAGAUGUAUUGGGAAAGAAAACUACAAACUUUUACCAAGGAGUGGCCUGUUUCCUCAUUUAACCGGCCCUUUCCCAAUUCACCCUAAAAGACUGUGGGGGUGGCUCCCUUGUAAUUAAUCUGUGUUGGCAAAGAAAGUCUGGAACACGAACUUGCGGUCAGUCACCUGUAACAGAGCUACGAACUAGGAAAAUUAGAGUGGCAGUAGUCACUUAAGAAAAAAAAAAAAUACAUUCAGGCAAACAGCUGCGCCCUAUGUACCCCUUCAGUGGUCAAGAAGCUGUUAGAGUUUUCUGAAAAUUAUCACUUUGAGUGCUAUCAUUCUGAAUGUAAUGUCUCUUAAUUAGAAUUCAUACAAGAACCAUG